CUGCGGGGAUGGCUAUGGAGGAGACGGGUUUAACUGCACUGAUAUUGAUCAGUGUCGAGAGGGGACCCAUCAUUGCCACCCAAACGCCACGUGUGUCAACACAAUUGGCAUGGAUGGAUACAACUGCUCAUGUGAUUCUGGAUUCACUGGGGACGGAUUUGUGUGCGAAGACAUCAAUGAAUGCAGCGAUCCAGGCCUACACAGCUGUACCCAAAAUGCGACAUGCAUGAAUACAGAGGGCGGGUAUAAGUGUGUCUGCAAUGAAGGAUUUACACUUCAAGGGUCCAUAUGCAUCGACAUUGAUGAUUGCGAUGGAGUCAACUGCCUCAAUGGGGGAACAUGUGUCGAUGCCAUUGGAUCAUUCUUCUGUAACUGCUCCGAUGGUACCAGUGGCGUUGUCUGUAACAUAUACGAGUCUACGUGGAGCAGUUGGAGUAGCUGGAGUGACGACUGCUUCUGUCGGGUGUCAAACGGCACGGCGAUGGUGUCCCGUGUCCGGUCCCGGUCCUGUCCCGGGAGGCCAGGGUACAGCGGUACUCCAACCUGCGACGGUGACGACACGGACUGGGAGGUGUGCAUCCCAGAUGUCAAUGAAUGUGAAGAAGGAACUAGCCACUGUCAUCCAAACGCUACCUGUCAAAACGUCGUUGGAGUUGGUCAGUAUAACUGCACAUGUGACAGCGGAUUUGCUGGUGAUGGCUUUCGGUGUAAAGAUAUAGAUGAAUGCAAAGAAGCCAGAUUACACAACUGUAGCCAGAACCAGACAUGUGCAAACACCCAGGGAUCUUAUGUCUGUGUCUGCAAGGAGGGGUUUCAUGAUGUCUCAUCCGAUGAAGAAGAGCCUGUGUGCAUUGACAUUGAUGAUUGCGAUGGAGUCAACUGCUUCAAUGGGGGUACAUGUGUCGAUGUCAUUGGAUCAUUCUUCUGUAACUGCUCCGAUGGUACCAGUGGCGAUGUCUGCAACAUAUACGAGUCUACAUGGAGCAGUUGGAGUAGCUGGAGUGACGACUGCUUCUGCCGGGAGUCAAACGGCACGGCGAUGGUGUCCCGUGUCCGGUCCCGGUCCUGUCCCGGGAGGCCAGGGUACAGCGGUACUCCAACCUGCGACGGUGACGACACGGACUGGGAGGAGUGCAUUCCAGAUGUCGAUGAAUGUGAAGAAGGAACUAGCCACUGUCAUCCAAACGCUACCUGUCAAAACGUCGUUGGAGUUGGUCAGUAUAACUGCACAUGUGACAGCGGAUUUGCUGGUGAUGGCUUUCGGUGUAAAGAUAUAGAUGAAUGCAAAGAAGCCAGUUUACACAACUGUAGCCAGAAUCAGACAUGUGCAAACACCCAGGGAUCUUAUGUCUGUGUCUGCAAGGAGGGGUUUCAUAAUGUCGCAUUCGAUGAAGAAGAACCUGUGUGUAUUGAUGUGGACGAUUGUCGUCAUGUGACCUGUUGGAACUCCGGCGUCUGCUUGGAUGGACUUGGGAAUUACACUUGCGACUGCCUGGACACUUUCAGUGGGGAGCAUUGUGAAUAUUACCAAUCGACCUGGGGAGAAUGGAGCCCAUGGACUGAUGACUGCGAGGCCCAAUAUGUGAACCACACGGCUGUAGAAGCUCGCAUCAGAACACGACGGUGCCUGGACAGGAUAGCCUAUGAUGGAGCUCCACUCUGUGAAGGAACUGACUUGGAGUGGCAACUUUGUAACAUAGGCCGAGAGGCAAGAAAUUUCUCAGGCCUGUUCCAGACGGUCAAAUCGUCUAUUCAGCCUGGCUACACGGUGGGCGACGAAGUUCUAGAUCUGAAGGAACUGCCAUUAGACGACAAUGAUGAAAGUGCUGAUUACGAAAUACUUUGUUGUGACGAAGGGAAGUUUAUCCUGGAAGAAAAUGGGCUGUUAAGGGUCUCACAGAUGCUUGAUCCGAACAGACCAUAUGUGUUAACGAUAGUAGCUAUUGAUGACACAGCGGAACCAUCUGCGCUCCUGCACAUAUUCGAAGUCAUGAUAGAUGUGAAUCAUACGGAAUGGAUCUACGACCGAACCGGAUGUCCGCAUGUUGUUCUUACAAGAGAAGUAGAGGAGGGACAAUCCAACGGAACUGUCAUUGUAGACUUGACAACAGAACUCGGCGAAGACGAGACUUCGCGGUAUUUCCUGCAGUUCAGCCUCUGUAGUGACCUCGUCAAUGUUAAUGAAUUCACGGGAAUUGUGUCCACCAGCAAGACACUCGACAGGGAAACAAUGCGUCUCUUAACCUGCCUCUAG